UGGGGAAAGACGGGGCUAGAUUUCCUUGUGGCGGAGAAAUCUGAUGUGUAGGCAUACUAGGCAACAUGACUCGGGCGAUCGCGGGGCGCAGAUUAAUUUUAGCACGUAAACAAAAUACUUUCGUACUGAUUAUCUUCACCGAAUAGAUAAACGAAUACAAAUUAAAUAGCGCUUUUUCUCCCGUGCUCCAGGAAGAAGUGUUUUGGAUCGGACUUGCCAAAAUCACUACUUUGUUUUUCUUAUGGACGGUUUGGGUUACCUAAAAGUAGUCGCGACUUAACAGAGUUACGCAUCCCUACGUUACGUGAAGUUUGGAGAAGCGAGGCCCGAUCUCUUGACCCGUGGAGUACUCUCGAGUCUCUCUGGAUGGAUGGGUAUGGGGAGAGCAGGAUCUUACUACCCCGGGGCUGAGCGCCUCGUCUCUCCGGUACUACAUCUUCUAGUGCUGUGCACCCUCUCCUCUCUCACUCACCUAGGUGAGAGCCAGGUCCAGACUCCACAGUGCCGUAUCCAGAAGUGCACCACUGACUUCGUCUCUCUCACUUCCCAUCUUAACCCUUCACUAGAUGGCUUUGGUACUGAGUUCUGCAAGGCGCUGCGAGCCUAUUCCGCCUGCACCCAGCGCACGUCCAAGAGCUGCAGGGGAAACCUGGUCUUCCACUCUGCCAUGCUGGGCAUCAGUGAUCUCAUGAGCCAGAGGAACUGCUCCAAGGACGGGCCAACAUCGUCUGCUCAUCCCGUCAUCCCCAUUGAGCCAUGCAACUAUCACAGCCGCCAUCACCAAGCAAUUCGGCCCGGGACAGGGACUGGGGCUCCAGAGCACCCACGACCAACCUACCUGUUCUGUGGCCUGUUUGGGGACCCUCAUCUUAGGACUUUCAAAGACCAUUUUCAGACCUGUAAGGUUGAAGGGGCAUGGCCUCUCAUUGAUAACAAUUACCUGUCAGUGCAGGUCACAAAUAUUCCAGUGGUAUAUGAAUCCAGUGCCACAGCAACCAACAAGAUCACAAUAAUCUUCAAACCAUACCAAGAAUGCACGGACCAGAAGGUCUACCAGGCCGUAACAGACGACCUUCCAGCUGCUUUUGUGGAUGGCACCAUAAGCGGGGGCGAUAGCGAGACCCGCAGCAUCUGGAUCCUGGAGAAGUCGCCAGGUCGGCACGUAGAGAUCCACGCCACAUACAUCGGUGUCACCAUAAUCAUACGCCAGCAGGGCCGUUACCUGACGCUAGCCGUGCGCAUGCCAGAAGAGCUCGCCAUGGCCUUCGACGAAACGCAGGACCUGCAGCUUUGCAUGAACGGUUGCCCCACUUCAGAACGUAUCGACCAAGAGGGACAUCUUCAGCUGCCCAUGCUGGGCCUCCAGCAGGCCAGCUUUCAGCAGCAGGCGAGGGUCGAAGCCCAGAGAGGGGUGUUCACCCUCGAAAGCGCCUCCAGGAAGUGCAGGGAGCAACUGGAGGUUAAGGACAUCUAUUUCCACUCCUGCGUGUUUGACCUGCUCACCACAGGAGAUGCGAACUUCACCGCUGCCGCCUACAACGCCCUGAAGGACAUGGAGACUCUGCACCCCAAGAGGGAGCACUGGCAUAUUUUUCCUAACUCAGCCCCUGGGCUGAGGCCGUUUUCAUUGCUCCUCAAUGCACUGCUAACCGGCUUCCUCAUCACUGUGCUUUUAUAAGGUGUACAGUGUUUUGAUAACUGUUUCGAAGAAGAAAAAGACAAAACGAGACUGUAAAAAGUCAGUACUCUGGGUAAAGAGUACUUUGUAUAUACUGUCUGUGCGGAGAAUGAAUGUUCUAACCUUCAUUAGACUGUACAUUUUGUGUAAAUCAUGUUUUCAAGAGAGCUGAAUAUUGUAGAUUUUUGUGAGUGAAUUUUUUGAGAUUUCCUGUUUUUGUCCUCAGGAGAGGAAAUCUUAAUGGAAGCACUUUAUUUUAUUUUAUUAUUAUUAUUUUAUUUUUUUGGUUCUUGCAACUAGAAAACUGUUCCACGGAACCAGUGCUCAAUAAUCUUACACUCGGCGCUUUUUCUUUGAUACAUUUCUGUAGGUCUCUAUACAAAUGGUACUUACCUCACCAUCUUGUUCUUGUAGAACCGUUUUAAAAAAAAUUCACAAUGUGGCUGGCGUAGUGAUUGUGUGAUAGAGGUUUAAAGAAGGAUCAUAUUGACUAGACUUUCACUUUAUCUGUAUUUUUAGUUAAUUACUCAGCUGUUGAAGAAUUCAGGCAAAUGCAGCAGACGAAGGUUGAAGUGCACUUAAUUCAGAAAUUCAAGUGGAAAUUUUUCUGUUGUUGAAUAUUGGAAUUGUAUUGGGAGUUUGGUCCAUUUUAUAAAUGACAAUCAGAAUUUCUUUUGUUUGGUGCAAAGUCUACCUAAUGUACGAACACAAAACAUCAAUCGUGAAGAGUGCACCAAAAUAUUUAUGCUAAAAGUUUCAUCUAAUUUCAUACUGAGUGACUCUCAUUGAGUGAACUGGAAAAUGGAUGUUGCAUAAGUGUUAUUCUCAUUCCUAGUCGCACAAACGGACUUCUAGAAUGGCUUCUCGCAAGAUUAGAUUUAUUAGCUUUGUCCCUUUGCCAAACAAAUAUUGACUAUCUGUUCAAAGUGUCAAGUUCCCUCACGUUCUUGUUUUAUCCUUGACCAAAGAUAUGACGCAGAAGCAACACAUAUCAGAUCUUUUGCCAGACGUACUGUGUGCUUCCCUAUACAUUUUAUUUGGCCAAAAGCGAUGGUGUGGUAUUAGGGCCUUUCGCACCGCGGGAACCUAGUG